AUGACUCAGCAACCAGACAGCUCUCCAUCCCAAACACCUUCACCCCACAGUUUGUCGCCAGCUUCAGAUGAAGCUCCAAGCACGACCUCGCCGCCCAAGCUCACCAUCGACAUGCGGCGCACACUCCAAUCAGCCCUGCUUCUGGGCCUGUCGUCGCUCGCAGCUGCAGUUUUCAAAGACGAAGUCGGCGACAUCGAUUUUCAUUACUCCCUUGUCGGUCUACCGCAGGUCGAGACCACCUUCUUCCACCGCCCGCGAAAGGAGGAUAAGGCCAGUUUGCUCUACACACUAGGCGAUGUCGGUGUCGUGGGUGCCAUCAAUCCCAGCAACGGCGAGUUGAUAUGGCGCCAACAAAUAAGUCAUGGCAUUGCCAAUGGAGGUGGUCAUCUCAGAGCGCCCGAGGGCGAGAAUUGGGUGACGUCGGCGCACGGCUCCAAGGUGCAAGCCUGGAAUGCGCUCACCGGAAGAAACAUCUGGGAAAUGGAAUUCAAGGGCCAAGUUAAGGACCUCGAAAUAAUGGAACUGACUGAAGCUUCGAGAAAGGAUGUUUUGGCUUUGUUCGACGAGGAUGGUGUCACGGUGCUUCGACGCCUACACGGGGCUUUGGGAACUGUUGUUUGGGAGUUCCGCGAGACGAGCAAGGACGUCCCUGUCCAGGUCUCGACCAACCUUGCCAAUAUCUAUGUUCUCAGUUUGCAUGGCUCUCCGGGCUCUUACAACCUGAAGGUUACCUCUUUGGACACGGCUACUGGUGCCAGAGUUGAUCACUGGUCGGUGGGCAACAAGGGCGACAUCCACGGAGCCGAAGAUGUCAUGUUUGUUGGCGCCAACUCUGCUGCACCCAUUGCCGCUUGGGCGAGCCGUGGUCUUUCCAAGCUGAGCGUCAAUGUUCUCGGUACCAAGUCUAAGCAGGAUUUCACUCUUCCCGAUGGGACUGACUCGAUUCGCAUCCAUGCUCCUCAUCUGAUCCAAUCUCAACCCCAUUUCUUGGUUCAUAUCGGCACCAAGACCGGCCACAAAGCUGAAGUCUAUCAUACAGACCUCAAGAGCGGACACGUCUCCAAGGCGUACGACCUUCCCCAACUUUCCGGACCCGGUGCCUUUUCAACAAGCUCCGAUGCUGCCAAUGUCUACUUCACGCGUAUCACCGACGACGAGAUUAUAAUCGUGUCCUCUGAGUCUCAUGGCGUACUUGCCCGUUGGCCAUACAAGCCGCAAGAUGGACAGAAUGCUGUCCAUGCCGUUUCGGAAGUCAUCAAGAAGGCCGGUGGUAAGGAUUUUGCCAUUCGGUCGGCCGCUGUCACCCGUGGCGAUGACUGGGUUCUGAUCAAGAAUGGCCAAGUUGAUUGGACUCGUCACGAAGGCCUUUCUGGUGCCGUGGCCGCUGUCUGGACUGAAAUCCCUGAGGCAGAGAAACUUGCCGAGGUCCUAGCCGAGGAGGCUCAUGCCAACCCUGUUGCAGCAUAUAUACACCGGGUCAAUCGACACAUUGCAGACUUGCAGCAUCUCCCGGCGUAUCUCGCUCAUCUUCCUCAGCGCAUCAUUGAUGGAAUUUUUGGCGCUGAUCUGGCUGGCCACAAGGAAGGCUUGCACCGUGAUACCUUUGGAUUCAGCAAGAUUGUUGUUGUGGCAACGCGCCGUGGCCGAUUCUAUGGCCUGGACACUGGCCACCAUGGCAAAGUCUUGUGGUCGCGCGCUGUUUUCCACCUGCCUCCCGGAGAGUCCCUGGAUAUCAAAGGCAUCGUGGCCAAGGAUACUGAAGGAGAGGUUACGGUUGUAGGAUCCAAUGGAGAGCGCGCCAUUAUUCAGUCUACUACUGGUAAGAUUCUGGAAGUUAGCCAAGCAGGCUCCUUCACAAAGGUUGCAACCACUGCUACCAUUGGCGAUGAAUCCAACCAAUGGCUGCUUGCACUUGGUGCCAACGGACUUCCAGUGCCAAAUAUGCCCGUGGGCAGUAUUCCAAAUGACACUGUUGUGCUCCGUGAUGGCAACCAUGGCGUGCAGGGAGUCAAGUUCACUGCCAAAAGUGGCAAAGUCAUCAAGGAUGACAUCUGGCAAUUCCAGGUCGGCAAGGGCCAAAAGAUUGUCGACAUUGCCACUCCACCCAGCCAUGACCCCAUUUCUUCCAUUGGCCGUGUUCUCGGAGACCGCAAGGUGGCUUACAAGUACUUCAACCCCAAUACGAUUGUUGUCGCCGUCAUGGAAGAAGCCAGCAACACACUCUCAGUUCACUUGUUGGACAUAGUCUCUGGCCAAGUUCUUGCGACACAGGUUUAUAAUGGCGUGGAUGGCAGCAAGAGUCCAUCCUGCGCGAUGGCUGAAAACUGGUACGCCUGCACGUUUUUCGGCGAAUACACAGUCGACGAUGGUACCAACAGAGUCAUCAAGGGGUUCCAAGUUGCUGUUUCGGAUUUGUACGAGUCUCCCGAGUCCAAUGACCGUGGUCCACUGGGAGAAGCUACUGAAUUCUCAUCCCUAAACCCGGUUGAUACUCCAACUGGUGUUCCUCUGCCUUGGGUAGUCUCACAAGCAUAUGUUUUCUCCCAGCAAUUGACAACCCUGUCGGUCACUCAGACUCUGCAAGGCAUCACUAGCCGACAACUGCUGGCGUACCUGCCCGACAGCAAUAGCAUCCUUGCGGUGUCCAAGCACAUCAUUGACCCUCGCCGCCCUGUCGACAGAGAUCCAACUCCCGCCGAAAUUGAAGCCGAGUCACUGAUGCGGUACACUCCCCAAUUCGAGAUUGACGGCCGGGGCAUCGUUUCGCACGAGCUCGACGUUCUUGGUGUCCAAGAGAUUAUUGCCACUCCCGCCGUUAUCGAAAGCACUAGCUUGAUUUUUGCCUAUGGCAUAGACGUGUUUGGUACCCAAGCGGCUCCUAGCGGCGUGUUUGACAUCCUGGGCAAGGGCUUUAAUAAGGUGACGUUGGUUGGCACCGUCUUGGCAUUGUUUGUUGGCGUCUCUUUCUUGGCGCCAAUGGUUCGGAGAAAACAAAUCGACAGAAGAUGGGAGGCAUUCUUGUAA